AUCCUAUAGCACUCGUUAGGGGUCAUCCGAGCAGCGCUGUGCUCCCAGGCUGACAAAGUGAACUCGCACUUGCUAUGAACUGGCCUUCCACCGAAGUACGCGCAUAGCCGCGAGUACACUGCACCUUUUUAACAUUUCAAAGAACAACAUAGCAUUUACAAAGCAUUGCUAGUACUCAUAGUACAACGGAGCCUGCUGCAAACUCACAUGGCAACCCUACGCGCAGCCCUACGUCCAGAAGUUUUACCUGAGCAGCUGGCCAAAAGUUGGCUUCGAAGGCUAUGACGGUCUUGCCCGAUAUGAGCUUCCAGUCGGCUGAGGCGAUGGCCGGGCGUACGCAUUCCGACAUCCACACUGCCAGAGACCACCUAGGCCUGCGACGACUUGAGGAAUCCACACUGGGAGGCCGCAGCAUGGUGCAGCAGAGAGCCGAGGCGGCGUGCACAGACGGCACGAGUCAGGAGCUCGGCCAUUCGGCCCCCGGCGGGCAGCGUUCCAGCAGCGUCCCGCGCGGCCUGGGCACGUCGUCGCGCCGCGUGUUGAUCCAGAUCGAUGCAGACGCCACAGCAGGUCACGGCGGCAGCUCCCUAACCGACACCGGCUCCGCCUCCGGCACCGCAAGCAGUCCGAGGGCCGCACACAACGCCCUUGUCGCUACGGCGGCGGCCUCAAGAGCGCGGACAGAGUCCUCGCCCAAGCGACUGCCAGCAGCAGCCGGUGGGAUGUCCACGGGUGGCCUGCCCUCCCUCGCCACCACUUCAGCGUCUGCAGGCUCUAACAACCAAGGCUCUAGCUCUGUGGUCGCGGCUGCAAACGGAAACACAACCUCGCGUUUUGGGCGGCAACAGCAGCAGCUCAGCCUCGCCCUGGCAGGACCGGCCGCAGGGACGGCGGCCAGUGGAGCCGCCUCCUUCCAUACAGCCGCCAGCGGCGGCGGCGGGGGCGGCCGGGCAGAAGGCGUCACGCUGGCCUUCCUGCGCGGCCUGCUGGCGGCGGGGGCCGUGCCUACUGGCGCCACGCUCCGGGACGUGUGGCGGGAUCUAGUGCUCCCCGCCACCCGGGCCGCCCGUGUCGCCUACACAGAGCUAUUGCCGCUGGCGACAGAGGCAUCCGUGUCAGGGUCAGGGUCAGGGACAGGGUCAGGGUCAGGGUCAGGGUCAGGGUCAGGGUCAGGGUCAGGGUCAGGCACAGACCCGGCGGCGACGGGGGCGCAGCCCUACCGCGGCCGGGCCACGCACGUGCUGCUGGCGAGCUGGGACGAUACGCUGUGGGACGUGGUGGCCGCGCUGGAGGCAUACGGGUGCCAGCAAGGCGGUGGCGGCGGCGGCGGCGGCGGCGGCGGUGGCGGCGCCGGCGCCGGAGAUGGCUGGGCCAGCCGCCAUUGCAGCAGUCCUCCGAACCGGAGUGGCGCCGGCGUGACGACGGGCACUUUCGUGGUUUGGAUGGACGUGUUUGCUGUGGACUGGUGGCGUGGCCAGCAGCACGCAGCAGCAGGCGCCUCCGCCGCCACGGCUGUGACAGGCUGGGGGGCUGUCGAGUCCUCCGCCUCAUCACGCCGCCUGCUACUGCACGAGGCUGCCGACAACUCGCAGCAGCUACUGCCAUCGCAGCAGCACCUGGAUGCGACCUCGGUGGAGCGGGCCCGGUCGCUACCAGCCGCCAUUGCGGCCGCGCCCCAGGGCGUACUGCUGCUGCCGGGGCGGGAGGGCUCGGGCCUGAGGUGCCAUGCGUGCUCGCUGGCGGCGUGGCUGGCGGUGCGGCGGGGCGUGCCGUUGGUGCUGCUGCCGCCGCCGGCCGGCGCCGAUGCGCACACCCACACCUCCGCCGGGGCGUACAUGCUAGGCCUCCCUGACUUGCGGCUGUCUGCGGCGGCGCUGAGCGGGCUGGUCGUGUCGACGAAGGCGGCGGAGGCGGCGGAAGGAGCCCUGGGGUCCUCGCCUACUGGGGGCGGUGCAGCAGGCGGCAGCGAGGCGUCCGAGGAGGUGCGGGCGCAGCGGCUGAUGCGAGAGGGCGUGGGGCUAGAGUCGGCUCUGACGGCGGGGCUGAUCGUAGCCAGUGACCCGCAGCCCACCCGCACGCUGCGCGAGGGCGUGACGGAGGCGGCAAGUGCGGCCGCGGCGGCGGCUGUGGCGCUGCUGUUGCAGCCCGGCGCAGCGUCACCGCUGCCGUCGUCGCCGCUGCGCUCGCCGCCGCUGGCGAUGGCGCCGCCGCCUUCACUGGCACUGCCGCACGCACACGCACCGCUGUCCACCACCACAUCCCGUAAGGACCUGUUUGCGCCUGUGAGCGGUGCCGGCAACGGGGCAGCAGCGGCGCCGCCACCUGCAGCCGGCGUCAAUGUGCCCGCGCCGCCGCUGCUGGCGGCGAUGGCGGCUUCAUCCUUCCACUCGCGAUCGCGGCGGCGCUUCGGCUCCACCGGUGCGCCGCCAGCUGACUACCCACACCAACACAGCACCGCGCCCGGCGCCGCAGACGCCCCACCUGCGGCGGCGCUGCCCAGCAGUCUGGAUGUCACUGGUGGUGGUGGCAGUGCUGGUAGCCGCACCAACAGCCGGCGCUGCCUAUCCGUCACCGCGCCAGGAGAGCAAUGCCAGCAUCAUCCGCACCCGCAAGCGGCCAGCACCUCCCCACCCGGCGCCGCCUCAGCUAACGGCUCAUGCCUCACGCCGCCGCGCCAGCACUGCUCACCGCUGCGCCCGCCACGCAGCCUGGCGCCGCUGCAGCCCUCUGGAUCGGGCAGCCCGGGACCCAACAGCGGCAGUGGUGGUGGCGGCGGCGGCAUGGACUUAGGCGGCGGCAGUAGCAUCAGCGGCAUGCUGCACAGCCCCCGCGGCGGCAGGGUGCUACUGCCACUGCCCAGCAGCCGCUUUGGCGCCCAAAGCGACCACAGCUCAUCCGACCUUCGCCAGCCCGUGGACUCCUCCACCGCCCCGGCUCCGCAGCUGUCGCCGCCUGCAGCCGCAACCGGUGGCAGCAGUAGCCUGUCGGAGCCUCUCCCAACCCUGCGCUCGCCACCGCUACAGCCGCACCCACACGCGGCGGGCCACAUGGGCGGAGGCGAGGACUGCUGGUUCGGGUCAGCCCGCGGCAGCGCUAGCGGAGUGCCAGUGCUCGCAGCCAUAACGGAGUCCUCAAGCACCAUGGAUGCAGCGGCGGCGGCAGCAGCAGCAGGCCGCGCAAGCAGCGGCCUCGGCUCAGCGGCGGCGCUUCCGUUACCGCCGCCGUCGCACGACCGGCCUCGGCCGCCCGGCUGCCUGCCGCCGCGCUACAGCGACAGCCCGAAUGCGGGCUCUGCGGUGCUCCGCCGCGGCGGUAGCGGCGCCGGCACCGGCGCCGGCGGCCCCCGCUUGCGGCGUGUCGGUAGCUACGCUGCUUACGACCCCAGUGACGCGCCAGCCUUGGCGGCGGCUGCAGCUGCGGCUGUAGCAGGAGGAGAGUCAGUGGAUGGCGGAGUCGGCGGCGCUGCCGUCAUGAGGGCCCGCCGCCGCCUGAGACAAUGCCUCGUGGUGCCUGACGAGGAACUGUCGCUCCCUGUGGCGGCGCGCGCCUACAACGGCAACGGCAACGGUGGCGCUGGCGGGCAGCCUUCUGCGCUGGCGGCACGGCGCAGCAGCGGCGCAGGCGCUAACAGGCGCAGCAGCGCCAGGCAUAGUUGGAACGGCAGUGGCUCCAUGGCGGAACUGAUGUCACGCGGCACCCGGUCUUCCGCCUCCGGGGCUGAGGAGGCUGGGGAUGACGACCAUGAUGGCUUUGAAACCGACGACAGUCUAGGCCUGCUCCAGUCGUACACGGAUCUGGAUGCGGAGACGGUGGCGAAUUUGGGGGCGGGAGGUGUGCGGGCGGCAGCCAACGCAGCAGCAGCAACGCAUGCGGCCGCGAUGGCUGCGGGCAGCGGUGCCGCCAGCGGUGGUUCCGGUCGUGGCGGCCUCCCGCCGCGCUUGCUGCCACCACGCCCUCCCGGCAUGGUAGCAGCGGCAGCGGCAGCUGCUGCGGCUGAAGAGGCCGCCGGUGUAGCGGGUUUGACAACCAGCCCACCUCAGCAACAGCAACAACAAAUUCAGCAUCAGCUGGCGGCGUCGCUCAGCUUCCGUGUUGCUGCCGGCUUCAGAGCUGGUGCCAGCGGCGGCGGUGCUGGAUCCCGCGAUUGCACCCCGCCGCCCUUGCGCCCCGCAGGUCUGACGCGACAGGGUAGCAAUGCUACUGCCCACGGCAGCAUCAGCACCAACACCAAGCCCACCUCCAUUCCGCUGGCCAACGCUAGCAUUCACAUCAACAGCCCUACCAACACCGGCAAUGGCAAUGGCAACAGCAGCUACCGGCAGCUGCCGCCCGAGCUGUCCAGACCAUUGGCUGCCGCCUUCCUAGCUGUAGCUCUGUGCCCGCAGCCGCCAUCUGCGGCGGCGGCCGCAGCGCAGAUUGCCGCCAGUGGCAGUAGCACACCACAGCAACCGGGUGUGUGGCUGCCACCGCCACUUUUCGCCGCCGUGGCACCUGCGCCUCAGCCAACCAAUGGCGGCGGUCGGUCGCCACAAGCCGCACCAGCAGCAGCAGCAGCAGCGACGCCGCCGCCGCCGCCCCUGCUGAACGCAGGUGUGAGGUUGGCGCGGCAGUGCCUGGCGUCGGCCCGCAGCAGCCGGGGGACCAACCACCCUGACACCGCCCGAUGUGCCAUGGCGCUCGGGGUGCUGCUGCACGUCACCGGCUGGUCUGGCGGCGGCUCGGCUGGGGACGACGGCGUCGGUGGCAGCAGGGAGGCCAGGGCUGUCGGCAGUAGCAACGGCAGCAGCAGCUUCAGCCUCAGGGCGCCUCCCGCCGCCGGCCGCGCCAGUGCCAACAGCAGUCCAUGCCGGCCUCUGCGGCCGCAGCAGCAGCAGCAGCAGCAGAUGCAGCAGCAGCCAGCCCAGCUCACACUGGGGGCAGCCGCCUCCACAGAUGCCCGGAGGUACGGCUCGCCUGCAGCCGGCCGGCCGCACGGCCUGUCGCCAGGCGCGGCGGCUCUCGGCGGCGGCGGCUUCACAGGUGUGGGCGGUUUCAGUGCGGGCCCGGCCGCUAGCAGCGGCAUGUCGCCAGUGCGGCUGCGACCCAGUGCGGCUGGCGGCGGCGGCGGGCUGUUGCUGGGCGCAGCAGCCGGCGGCGGCGGGCCGGGCAGCCGGACCGCAUCGCCAGCCCGCAUGCUGGCGGCGCCGCCUCCUCCGGCGUCUGUGUCGUCCGCCGCCGCUGCAGCUGUCACAGGCUGCAGCAGCCCGGGAGCCAUGGGCGACAGCAGCAGCAGCAACGGCGGCGGUAGCAAUGAGGCUGAGGCGUUGUUGGCCGGGGCGGCGGCCACACUGGAGCGGUGGCUGGGGGCGGCACACGUGGAGGUGCUGGCGGCGCGGGGCGCGCUGGGAGGUGUGCUGCUGGCGGCGGGCAGGUACGAUGAGGCUGCUGGGCUGCUGCGGCGUGCGCUGGCGGCUGUGGGGGGCAGCAGCGGCACCACGCCGACGUCAGCAGCACCAGCAUCAGCACCAGGGGCUGCCGCGGUGGUGGCGGCGCGGCUUGACCUGGCGGCGGCGCUGGCAGGCGCCUCGCGACUGCGGGAGUCGAAGGUGCUCCUACAGGAAGUGCUGGAGGAGCUGCAGGAGGGUCUCGGAGACGAGGCUGCAGCUGCAGGCACCCGCGCCACCCGGCACCCGCAACACCACCACCACCACCACUACCACCAUCCGCCGCAGCGGGCCAGUGUGUCGGCGCCCGGCUGCAGCGAGUUCGCCGCGGCCCCGGGCGCAGCGUCAGACAUGAGCACCGUGAAACGGCGGGAGCUAAUGGCCCGGGCGGCGUGCCAGCUGGCGUCGCUCCACUCGGCCGCGGGGGCGGGUGACGCAGCCAGGCGGAUGUACGCACAGGCGCUGCAGGGCUUCAAAGCGGUGUACGGCCGGCGGCACACUGUCACCACUGGGUGCCGCCUGGCAUACGCGGCUGAGCUGGCACGUGGGCGGCAGUAUGGCGCGGCCCUGGGGCAGUACAGGCAGCUGCUGCAGCAGGCGGGCGAGGAGCACGGCCCCGGCAGCGCCGCCGCCGCCCGGCUGAGCCGCCUUAUGGGAGAGCUGGAGGAGGAGGCGGAGGAGGCGGGGUUGGAGCUGGGGGAGGAGGAAGAGGAAGAUGAGUGAAUGCGGAAAGGGCUGGAGAGCAGGGAAGGUUGUUGCUAGAAGCGCUAUUGGAGUCGGUAGGAUGCGGAAGUUAUGGGUUCAAUAACGGUUGCACGCGCGGGGAACAAGCAUGGCAUGGUUUGUUGCUAGCAGGUACUAGAGGGAGCUCCGGCGUGGAGUGGGCCGGCGGGGGGUGCCGCUGCCGCAGGGGGCCUGCGUUGUACGCCAUGUGUUAACAAUGCACGGUGUGUCAAACAUGGCUACA